AUGGACAGCAGCAUGAUGCACAUUUUAAAAGAGUGUGUACCCGCUCGGCCUGAGGAGUGUUUGGUAAAUUUAGACACUCUCCCUGAAGCGGUUCUCAACUCCUCAGUUAAUGAGAGCUGGCCUGGCGAGGCAGAACCUGAACCCUUGUCCCCUAUCGUCUCCAUCAUCACUGCUGUCUACUCCGUUGUGUUCGUCGUCGGUCUGGCUGGCAACUGCCUGGUCAUGUUUGUCAUAAUCAGGUACACUAAGAUGAAAACAGCUACCAACAUCUACAUUUUUAACCUGGCAGUGGCAGACGCCCUAGUGACCACCACCAUGCCCUUUCAAAGCACAGACUACCUGCUUAAUUCGUGGCCCUUCGGAGAGGUAGUCUGUAAGGUCUUUAUCUCUAUUGAUUACUAUAACAUGUUUACCAGCAUCUUCACCCUCACCAUGAUGAGCGUUGACCGCUACAUAGCUGUGUGUCACCCCGUCAAGGCCUUGGAUUUCCGCACACCUGUCAAAGCCAAGUUCAUUAACAUCCUGAUCUGGGUUCUGUCCUCUGCUGCUGGCAUCCCUGCCAUGGUCCUGGGGAGCACGAAGACCAACAAUGGCACUACUGAGUGUGCGCUGCAGUUCCCCGACCCCUAUGUCUACUGGGACACACUGAUGAAGAUCUGUGUCUUUGUCUUUGCCUUUGUGGUACCUCUGCUCAUCAUCAGUGUGUGCUAUACUCUCAUGGUGCUGCGUCUAAAGAGCGUACGUCUGCUGUCAGGCUCCCGCGAGAAGGACCGCAAUCUUCGCCGCAUCACUCGCCUUGUGCUGGUAGUGGUGGCUGUAUUUGUUAUAUGCUGGACACCGAUUCACAUCUUCAUCCUAGUCAAGGCCCUGGCUCCUGAAGUCCCUGAGACCACCGCCGUCAUGGGUGCCUACUUCUUCUGUGUGGCUCUUGGCUAUACCAACAGCAGCCUCAAUCCCAUUCUGUAUGCCUUUCUGGAUGAGAAUUUCAAACGAUGUUUCCGUGAUUUCUGCUUCCCAUCCUGUGGCAAAGCAGAUGGAGUGGGUAUGAUGCGGGUCAGGAGCACCAUCCGUGAACACACAUGCCCGGUGGAGGGCAGAGGCGAAGACGGCCAUGGUAGACCAGUAUGA